GUCAACCGAAUGACUGCGAAGCAGACUGCAUUACAUCUUCACUUUGCAACACAUGAUGGACUGCUAAACUAAAGGAAGACACAGUGAUAUAACAUCGUCAAAGAGCAAACUGCCAACAUGACAAAUGUGUACUCCUUCGAUGGCAUCCUGGUGUUUGGGCUGUUGUUCAUAUGCACGUGUGCGUACCUCAAAAAGGUGCCUCGCCUCAACAGCUGGCUGCUGUCGGAGAAGAAAGGAGUGUGGGGAGUCUUCUAUAAAGCUGCUGUGAUUGGGACGCGGCUCCACAUCGCUGUUGCGGCUUCCUGCCUGGUCAUGGCUUUCUACGUGAUCUUCCUGAAAUGAUAGAAUUAAACUGGAAUAGAAAGGACUGGAUGGGUGCGGGCUGGGGAUGGACUCAUCUCAGUGGUCAUAUCAUAAACCUUGUUUAGGGACACCUCUUGGAUUAUGUGACCCAUGAAGCCCCAUUGCCCGUGGACCUAUGUAAAAGACAAGUCAGUGCUGCCCCCUUCUGGUGAAUGGGUAUAACUCCUCCCUUAAUGUGUGUGCACUACACUACAGACAUGAAGACAUGAAGAGCAUCCUGAAUCUACUCCACAGUUAUUACAGAGGAGAGAGCCUGAUGGGUCACAUGGUAUCAUUCUGUUGUUGGGUAAUACUGUUUAUUGUCUUAAUCCACACCCUGUAAUUAUUUAUACUGAAGGAUGCACAAUAUGGAAGGGCAGUGUGUGAAAGGUGUAAUGUUUUACAUAAUACCUGUAUACAACCUAAAAUUAGCCUAGCUGUAUAUAUUUGGAAGAAAAUAUGACCAAUAAAGAUUUUCCAGAGGUUGUGUGUGAUCAAAGUGAAAAUAAUCACUUCUGCUUGCUCCCAGCUAUGCUGUCUUCUUUCAAGGGGUGGAUGGGUAGAUAAACAAAGCUAAUAUAUAAAGGUGUUUAUGUGUACGCUAUAUUUUACUCUUUAAAAAAAGCUUUUCUCACAGGGAGCAGUCUGUAAGAUUUAGUGGCAUCUGGUGGGUGAACUUAGCAGAAAUGGAAUAUUAUAUUAAGUAUGUUUUCAGUAGUGUAAUGAAAAUGAGAAUUGUGUUCUAGUUACCUUGGAAUAAUCCUUUUAUAUCUACAUAUAUAGCGGGGUCCUUUCCACAGAGAUUGUCAUGUUAAACUGCCGUUUUUCUACAUUAGGCCAGAACAGAUGUACCAAACACUGUCUCCAGAGAGGACCUUUUGUGUUUUUCAUGAGUUUGGAGGCUUGGAAGGGGAGUGUGAGAAGAGGGCUAUUCAGUUGGUUGCAGUCUGCAACAUCACUGCUAGAUUUUACUAAAUCCUACACAAUCACCCUUAAAAGGAUGAGUAAAUUAACUACAUCAUUGCAUUAGAAUUACUGACAUUACGUGCUGAAAGUCAAUACUCUUGCAAUCUGCAAUGUCACCCCUAGAUGCCACUAAAUCAUAGACACUGAUCUGUAAACAGUUCUGUUGGGUAUCUGAUUUUUUUUUUCCAUGUUUGAAACACAUUUUUGCACAGAUGUUUACUCUGACUCAAUGUAUCUAAUCUGGAUUAUAACAUUUUUGAUGUCGCAAAUUGUUACAAAUGGGCCUGUAGGUCAAUUAGAUAAAAUGUUUUAUCACAAUUGUAGUCACAGAAGAGUUAUAACUUAAAAAGAGGCAUUUCAACAUUGUGAACAUUGGAUAACUGUACCAGACUUGAGAUUUAAAGAGAUUUAAAUACAAUGCCAAAUAGUGAUGGUGCUUCUCAGGCCCUCUUCAUUAUAUCCUGUUAUUUCCAAGUUUAAUAAUGCCACCUUAUUUUUUAUUAUUGAAAGAAGAAAAUGUUUUAGGAGGGGUUGCAAUGCAAU